AUGGCUCCCGACGGCCGCCAUACCAGGGGUCCCGCGCACUUGAAGAGGCAGUACCCCAAACAAAUCGUCCCCGCCCCCGUUGCCGGCUUUCGCUACAUUGACUCGAAAGCGCCCACGAAGACGUCCAUCUGCAAGGGUCUUGGCCUGGAUAUAGACGCCCCUUACACCACACACCGUCUCACCGCCGAAAUUUGCGAGAAAUGGGUCCACCGAUUUACUCGCGGCAUCGCAGCAGUCCUUCCGGAACGCCAGGACAGAUGGGAGGCAGUCCGACAGCUGUGUGAGGAGUUUGUAGAUGAUUACCAUUGGAGCUACCUGCUCCAACCGGUGUGGGCAGAGUCUGAGAAUCACAAGCAGUGGCUCAUGGCUUCUUUCGCGAAAUUGGCGUUGUCGAGAGACCAGCAAUUGGCUCAGGCGACCACGGCUCUAGGUGAAGUCGACCGCGCCUUGAGUGCUGACCCCGGCCAAGCGACUGCCACAUCGAUCAGAGAAACGGUACUGCUGGCCGAGGUCGAAUCCCUGAAAGCCGAGCUCCGUGUUGCUGCCAAAGCUGCCAAAGCGAUCAAUGAUGAAUUGGAAGUCGUUUCCCACCAGUAUGCAAAUCUGCAACGCGAGCUAAUGGCGGGAGGUAGUGGGAGCCGGGAGGACCUGGUGAGGAUGAAUGAGUUGCUGCAGCAGGGGCGUGCUGAAAUGAGAAAAGAGGUCGAUUCACUGAGGGAGUUUGUCGAUCGUCUGCAGCAGGAGAAUGAGGAGCUGAACAGAACGUUGCAGCAGGUGUCUGAGUGGGAGAAGGAAUUGGCCGCGUGA